UUGCAAAGAAUUUGAAAAUAAGUGUAAAUUACUAAAGCUGGCACUUCCAACACGUCCUCAAAGCACUGUAGUUAAAUAACAGGUCUCAAUUUUAUAACCCUCAAUAAACACAUUUCCCGGAUGGUAUUACAGAUGGCAUUACACAAUGCCUGGUUUAAAAACCAGUUUGACAGGAUGUGUCUCGACCAUUUCCCUCUUUAAUUUAGGUGAAUUACAGAUCAGUCAUGGCAUUUAUCUCCUAGCAGAACACCAGAGAAACACUCUUUCUCAAGCUCUGCGAAGACGGGGGACUGUACUUGGCGACUCGUAUUCGUACUUGCAGCUAAUGGAGGGAGAACCCAGCUUAUCUUUCUGGCAAGUAUGGUGAAUGUCAAUAUUUAAUCUUGAAACAAGAGACUGGAUGCCGAAAUGCCUCUUAAGCAUCAGUUUGAAUAAGUGAAUAACGUCAAUUAACUACACCGAAGACUGAUUGUGGGGUUAAGAAACCUGAUUUAAAGGCUUUUUAGUACUCAAAAGUACGAACGUCAUGAUGGCGGUAUCCAUUCCGUUUCAAGUUUGGAUACUGCUCACAUCCUGGCGCGUCUGUGCAGCUGACCCUUCGCUACAGUUCGCCCCCACUGGAUUCAGCGCCAAGCGCCAGGUCUGCAAACCCAUUCCUAACACGAUGGGUCUGUGCCACGACGUAGGCUACAGAGAGAUGCGCCUUCCCAACCUGCUGGGCCACGAAACCAUCAAGGAAGCGCAGCAGCAGGCCGGCUCCUGGGUGCCGCUGCUCUCCAAACAGUGUCACCGCGACACCAAGAAGUUCCUCUGUUCCCUCUUCGCCCCCGUCUGUUUACGAGAGCUGGAGCGGCCCGUCCGGCCGUGCAGGAGCCUGUGCGAGGGAGUCCGGGACGGCUGCCUGCCUGUCAUGAGCGCUUUCGGGUUUCCCUGGCCUGAGAUCCUCAACUGCAGCCAGUUCCCGACCGGCGCCGAGGUCUGCAUCCCGCCCACGGCUUCUCCGUCCAGCGACAACGGCAACCCGGGGCCCCACAGCAACGAUAUGGACGGGACAUUGAUAUGCGAGGCGUGCAGUUUGCCAGAAGGUGGGAAAGAGAUUCUGGAGAAUUACUGCAAAAGCGAUUUUGUCGUGCGACUAAGGGUCAAAGAGACACAGUUGCUGGGGGCUGACCGGAAGAUUGUUCCUAACGGCAGAAGCCGGGUGGUGCUGAGACAAGGUGACCGCGCUGAGGAGGAGUCGAUGGCUCGGAGCGCCCUCUGGCUGCCAGAGGGCAGCAGGUGCGCCUGUGAGGAACUGGAUGGUCCCUCCUCUGGCAUCAUUCUGGCCCUGGGGAGCAGACAGAGAGGUAGACUGGUUCUCUCCAAGCUGCUGCUGUGGCAAAGCUCUGACAAGGAGCUGAGGAAAUUCCUCAGGGGACUGCAGAAGCUCCGCUGCUGAGUGGAUGGAUCUUUACGUGUGUAUUUAAUGGGGAAAAUAGGGGUGGUGAAUAUUAAUAGAAGAUAUAACCUCCCUGUCCAGUAUAACAGAAAAGUUCUCAGGGGUACAGAAACACCACAGUAUAAAUGACAAAGGUCUGGUUACAUUAAAUACCUUUAAUAUCAAAUAUGGAAAACGUUUCCCUCACUCAGGAAAGAGAUUCCAAUGUUUAAAAAUGCUUUUCUGCAUCAGCCAUGUACCUUUGGGUCUCUUAAGGGCAAUACAAUGGGGAAUUUAACUGAAGGUGUUGUAUGUAACUAGCCAUUAACAAUUUAAUUACUAUAUCAGAAAACAUUGAAUUAUUUAUAUAAAUGACAGCAUUGGUGCAUACGUUGUGUCAUUUUCAGAAAGCAUUUUUACAAAAUAAUAAAUAAACAUCAGCAUUGUUAAGCAAUA